AUGAAGAGCAUGUCCGUCUGUGUCAAAGCCCCGCAUGCCUGCAGGCCCAGAGACAUGCUGCUGGCUGCGGCCCCACAGAGGAGUUUUUGCAUGACCGCGGCUGGAACUGUGCUGGGAGGGAAUCUGGAGAGGGGAAAAGGGGGGGUUAAAGAGGGCAGGAAAGGAGGGGUGGACGGCCAGGUGAGGAGGUUUGAGGAGAUCCCUCACACGGGGAGAAGUGGCUGGCUCAACCUGCUGAAGUUCUGGAGAGAGGAUCGCUUCAGACACCUCCACAAACACAUGGAGAGGACCUUCGACGCCCUCGGACCCAUCUACAGGGAGAAUCUGGGCGCCAUAAGCAGCGUGAACAUCAUUCUGCCGUCGGACAUCGGCGAGGUGUUUCAGUCCGAGGGCCUCCAUCCACGGCGGAUGACCCUGCAGCCCUGGGCCACGCAUCGAGAGAUACGCAACCACAGCAAGGGAGUCUUCCUCAAGAAUGGCGAGGCGUGGAGAGCCGACCGACUGCAGCUCAACAAGGAGGUGAUGAUGAGCGAGGCCGUAAAGCGCUUUCUCCCCCUCCUUGAUCAGGUGGCGAGGGACUUCUGUCGCAUGCUGCUCGCCAAAGUGGAACGGGAAGGAGGCGGAGGGACGGGGAAGCACAGUCUCACCAUGGAUCCCAGUCCUGACCUCUUCCGCUUCGCCCUGGAAGCCAGCUGCCACGUCAUCUACGGCGAGCGCAUCGGCCUCUUCUCCUCCUCUCCGUCUGUGGAGUCUCAGAAGUUCAUCUGGGCCGUGGAGAGGAUGCUCUCCACCACCCAGCCCCUCCUCUACCUGCCCCCUCGCCUGCUGCUCCGCAUCGGUGCUCCCCUGUGGACGCAACACGCCACUGCAUGGGAUCACAUCUUCAGUCAUGCGGAGGCGAGGAUACAGAGGGCGUACCAGCGCCUGUCAUCAUCCCAGGGUGGAGAGCCCGAGGCGGGGGCAUCAGGAGGCCGGUACACCGGGGUACUGGGGCAGCUCAUGGAGAAAGGGAAACUUUCUUUGGAGCUCAUAAAAGCCAACGUGACAGAGCUGAUGGCUGGAGGGGUGGACACGACAGCCGUGCCGCUGCAGUUCGCUCUGUUCGAGUUGGGACGGAACCCAGACGUUCAGGAGAAGGUGAGGCAGCAGGUGAGGGCGUCGUGGGCCCAGGCCGGCGGAGACCCCCUUAAAGCCCUGCAGGGAGCGCCACUGCUGAAAGGCACCGUCAAAGAGAUUCUCAGGUUGUACCCGGUGGGAAUCACCGUACAGCGUUAUCCCGUCAAGGAUAUUGUUCUGCAGAAUUAUCACAUCCCUGCUGGGACCAUGGUCCAGGCCUGCCUCUACCCGAUGGGACGGAGCGCCCAGGUGUUUGAGGAUCCUCUUCGCUUUGACCCCGCCCGAUGGGGCAGCAGCAGAGAGGAGGGUCGAGGGGGAGGGUUCCGCUCCCUGGCCUUCGGGUUUGGGGCGCGGCAGUGCGUCGGGAGGAGGAUCGCUGAGAACGAGAUGCAGCUUCUGCUCAUGCAUAUCCUGCUGGGCUUCCAUCUCAGCGUACCGUCCUCCCAGGACCUGGAAACCACUGUCACCCUCAUCCUGCAGCCCGAGACCCCGCCCAGGAUCACAUUCAGCAAGCUCUGA